AUGGACAACUCCACCUGGGCGGCCAACCACAGUGGACAGUUGGAUUUCAUCCUCGUGGGACUCUUCAGUCAAUCCAAGCACCCAGCUCUCCUUUGUAUGGUCAUUUUUGUCAUUUUUCUGAUGGCCUUGUCUGGAAAUAGCAUCCUGAUACUUCUAAUACAUUCUAAUACCCACCUCCACACCCCCAUGUACUUCUUUAUCAGCCAAUUGUCUCUCAUGGACAUGAUGUACAUUUCUGUUAUUGUGCCCAAGAUGCUCAUGGACCAGGUCAUGAGCAUGAAUAAGAUCUCAGCCCCUGAAUGUGGGAUGCAAAUGUUCCUCUAUUUGACUCUAGUAGGUUCAGAAUUUUUCCUUCUGGCUGCCAUGGCCUAUGACCGCUAUGUGGCCAUCUGCCGUCCACUCCGGUAUUCUAUUCUCAUGAAACAUAGAGUAUGUCUCUUCUUGGUGUCUGGCUGCUGGUUCCUGGGAUCGGUGGAUGGCUUUAUGCUCACACCUGUCACCAUGACCUUCCCCUUCUGCAGAUCCAGGGAGGUCCAUCAUUUCUUCUGUGAGGUCCCUGCUAUUAUGAAGCUUUCCUGCUCAGAUACUUCCCUCUAUGAGACACUCAUGUACCUGUGCUGUGUCCUCAUGCUCCUCAUCCCUGUGACAGUCAUUUCAAGCUCUUAUACAUUCAUCCUCCUCACCAUCCAUAGGAUGAAUUCAGCAGAGGGCCGGAAGAAGGCCUUCACCACUUGUUCUUCCCACAUGACUGUGGUCAUCCUCUUCUAUGGGGCUGCCGUCUACACCUACAUGCUGCCCAGCUCCUACCAUACCCCUGAGAAGGACAUGGUUGUGUCUGUCUUUUACACCAUACUUACUCCUGUGCUAAACCCUUUAAUCUAUAGUUUUAGAAAUAAAGAUGUCACAAGGGCUCUAAAGAAAAUGUUGAAUGUAGGAUCUGUCUUUCAGGAAACUGUAAAGUAA